CUGGUGCAGGAAGCCGAGGAUUUGGGCGUGAAAUCAGUGUGGCUGGCCGAGUACCACUUCAACAUGGAACGCGUGCUGGCAUCGCCAGUAACCAUAGCGACGGCCAUCGCCGCCAAAACCAGCACCAUGCGGAUCGGGACGGCGGUGUACUGCCUGCCGCUGGGUCACCCCAUCCGCGUGGCCGAGGAAAUGGCGGUGCUGGACCACAUCAGCGAUGGCCGGCUGGAGAUGGGCAUCGGUCGCGGAACCUUCCCCAACGUGCACGAAGGGUUCAACGUCUCAUUUGAAGAGAGCCGAAGUCGCUUCGACGAAUUCCUGGAGGUGGUGGUGACCGCCUGGACGCAGGAAACCUUCUCCUUUCACGGCGAGCACUUUUCCUGCGACGAACUGACGGUGACGCCGCGGCCCUACCAACAGCCGCACCCGCCCAUCACCAUUGGCGUCACGUCCGCGGAGAGCUUCCCCAUCGUGGGCGCCAUGGGUUACCCGCUCAUCGUCAAUCCGUCCCGCGUGUUCACCCUGGACGAACUCGCCGAGCAUACCGCCGCCUACCGCGCGGCUUGGAAAAACGCCGGCCAUCCCGGUGAGGGCAAGGUGGGUAUACGUGUGCCGGUUUAUGUCAACGAGGACGCCGAGCGGGCCUACCUGAACCCCAAGGAAUCGGCCGUGAACUCGAUAACGCGGCUGGGCAACCGGGUAGGUUCCUACGCCGGUCGAACCGGAACCUUGGGCGACUGGGCUGAGCAGAGCCGGCGCAUCCUGGGCAUGGAUUACGACGACUGGCUGCGGGAUAAGGUCGUCUACGGCACGCCGGCCCAGGUAACCGACCGCUUGGCCGACCUCGAGAAACCUCUGGGCCUUGAUCAGUGCAUCUACGAGAUCAACUACGGCAACCUGAUGUCCGACGAACUGCAGACCGCGUCACUGCGCCUGUUCAACAAGAAGGUAUUGCCCCAGCUCCUCACCGAGUGA